AUGGGUUGCAACCUAAGUUCUCAGAAUAAGCCUAAAGUUGUGAGAGAAACAGCAGGUCAUGAAGAUGACAGUACGGAAGUUGAAGAGAGUAUCGAACAGGAUCAUGUAUCAGCUUCUCAUGAGAGUAGUGAUGACACUGUGAAUGUGGAGGAAGAACUGUCAACUACCAAUAGUAUCAGUGAUGACAAUGGGACAACAAGUAGUGAGCUUGAUACAGAACGCACUCAUACUGAACAGAAAGAAUCUGAUUAUGUAAGUUGUCUGGUAGGGUAGUAUGGAGUAGGGUAUCACUAUAGCUAUAGUCUAUAGGAGAAGAUUUACAGUCUCGACAUUUUCAGCUCGACUCCACUGACAUUUCGAAUGCCUAUCAAAUCGAUAUUGAGCUGCAUAGUAAUUCAACUGAACUAGACCUCGUUGUUUCAGAAAGACUUACCUAUGAAACAAUAAUCGAAAUUAAUGGCGAAUUCGAUGUUAUCAUAGACAAACUGACACAAUGCCUCAAGAAAGAACGUUUGUUUUUUGUUCACGUUUACUUGUACGAUCAGUGUGUAUGGUCACCGGUUUUGCUCAACGUAAUAGCAGACUUCUUGUUGCGUAGGUUAUCUACUUCAACUCAUAUUUAUUACUAUUUUGUGGAGAGGAAGAGAGGACUAGUCUAUAUUAGAAUCCGAGAUAUGGCAGGGUCUAUGGUAGGGUGGGGCGUAUGCUACGGUAAAGGCCUAUAGCACUAUAGGGUCGGAGGUAGGGUUUAGCAGCAAAUACUUUAGAAACUGCAAAGAUAUAUAUAUACAUAUACAUAUAUAAUGUCAUUGAAGACUAUUUCGACUUUUUUAGACACGCUGCCGUCAAUCCGCUUUCGAAUUAAAAUUGGAAGCACAGGAAAUGUUUAUGUUCCAUUCGUCGACUUCUACAGGAAAAUUCAUCCUAUUGUUAAUUUCUUGUACGUUGAUAAACCGACCUUGUUGAAGUUCAUCAUGGAUAUGAGAAUUGAAAUUUUAGUACUGGAACCGACGUCGGAUCUUUGUAAGAGUUUAUUAAUACCCUACCCUACCCUACCCUACCCUACCCUACCCUACCCUACCCUACCCUACCCUACCCUACCCUACCCUACCCUACCCUACCCUACCCUACCCUACCCUACCCUACCCUCCCCUACCCUACCCUACCCUACCCUACCCUACCCUACCCUACCCUACCCUGCCCUACCCUACCCUGCCCUACCCUGCCCUACCCUACCCUACCCUACCCUACCCUACCCCUACCCUACCCUACCCUACCCUACCCUACCCUGCCCUACCCUGCCCUACCCUACCCCUACCCUACCCUACCCUACCCUACCCUACCACCCUACUUUACCCUACCCUACCCUUCCCUACCACCCUACCCUACCCUACCCUACCCUACCCUACCCUACCCUACCCUACCCUACCCUACCCUACCCUACCCUACCCUACCCUACCCUACCCUACCCUACCCUACCCUACCCUACCACCCUACCCUACCCUACCCUACCUUAUCCUACCCUAAAUUAUCCUACCAUUAUAAUGGCCAUUAACACUGCUUAUGUCAGGUUGGCUUCCACUUAAAUACACUCAAGUGAAUCAACUCCAGUUUAAUAAACUGUCAAUAUUGGAAUAUCUCCGUAAGGAAGAUAUUUUACUGCCAUCGGUUAAGUUUGUUAAUUUUGAGUUGUACAAUACAGUCAAUGUAGACUUGGAUUGGAUUUUUCAAACUGUCUCUAUUGUGUUUUCUUCAAAGCAUCGGCUUAGGUUUGAUAUUAAGGUAACCGUCGAGGAGAUGAAUGAACCAAGUAAGUUUAUGAUUUUAGGCAAACAUAGACUGUGGGAUAGUGAGGAAGGGAGGCUAAGGCCAAAACUAAGGCUAAGAUAAAGCAAAAGUUAAAGCAGAAUAUAGCGCAACAUUUUCUAAAUCUGUAACUUUGUUUUUAGUUAUGGAUCACGAACUGUUUUUCCAAAUUGCCAACGUGUUCAAGAUCUACAACGGCAUCUUAAAUCAGAAACAACGUUCGGUCAUUGUAGCCGUUUUGUUACGCUUGACUUAUAAAGGUCCAAUCAACAUGGAUUUGGCAAGAAAAAUGUCGGAAUAUGUUGGCUACGAAUGCUGCUACAAAGAUGGGAACGUUCGUUUUUAUACUGAUCAAAGUGAUGUGAGGUUGGAAAUAUGUGUUAAAAAUCACCCUUGAUUCCAAUUGUUCUAUACGGAGCGUUCGAUACGUCUGAGGCAGAAAUAAAGUGUUAGAAUUUGAAUAUGAUAACUAAUUUUAUGCAAAGUAGAUGCCCGCACGACAUUUUUAUGAUCUUCUUCGUCUAUCAUUCAUCUUGUUUCGUCAUCAUCUUUCAUGCGCUGUUCCACUUCGUUUCCACUUCUGUAGCUAGUAGACUGAGACUGGCGCCAUUGAAUCCCGUCGUUCUUCGGAUCUUUGUACUUCUUCUAUUAUCUUUUUAUGUUAUCUCCAACAUCAUUCUCUUUAUCUUCCUGACCGUUCUAAUCAGCCUCCAUCGGGCUGUGUCUGUAAGGCUCCAGUAUUUGUCUUUAUAUGUUAUCGCCAAUAAAAGGCUAGUCAUAUAGAACUUUUGGUUGAGUCGUAGUCUGGUAAUUGGACUUGUAAGUACUUCUCGCCUUCUUUGGAACGUUGUCCAUGCCAUUUUUGCUCGUGCUCUCACUUCGGAUACUGUGUUUCUUGGGUAGAUUUUAAAUAUCUUAAAAUCUCUGGGCCAAAGCGAUGGACAAUUUUUCAAUGCAAUUAAAAUUGCACUCCAAUAAGACAUUUUUAAAAAUUAUAAAUUUUCUUCACUUUGUCAAAUUUAUUUACCGCCGACCGGCCGACGUUUUUAUGGGUUGCAACCUAAGUUCUCAGAAUAAGCCUAAGACUGUGAGAGAGACAGCAGAUGGUGGUCAAGAAGAUGACAGUACGGAAAUUGAAGAGAGUAUUGAACAAGAUAAUGUAUCAGCUUCUGCUGGGAACAGUGAUGACAGUACAAGAACUGAAGAGAGUAUCGAACAAGAUAGUGUGUCAACUUCUACUCAGAGCAGUAAUGACAGUACUAGAACGGAAGCGAGUACUGAACAGAAUAAAGUGUCAAGUUCUACUGAAAGCAGUGAUGAGAGUACCAGAACUAAAGAGAGUAUCGGACAGGAUUAUGUAUCAGCUUCUGCUGAGAGCAGUGAUGACAGUGCGAAUGUGGAGGAAGAACUGUCAACUGUCAAUAGUAUCAGUCAUGACAGUACUAGAACUGAAGAGAGCAUUGAACAGGAUACUGUGUCAACUUCUACUGUGAGCAGUGACGACAGUCCGAAUGUGGAGGAAGAACUGUCAACUACCAAUAGUAGCAGUGAUGACAAUGGGACAACAAGUAGUGAGCUUGAUACAGAAAGUAGUAAUACUGAAGAAGAUGAAUCUGAUUAUGUAAGUUGUUAGGUUGGGUAGGGUAGGGUAGGGUAGGGUAGGGUAGGGUAGGGUAGGGUAGAGUAGGGGUAGGGUAGGGUAGGGUAGGGUAGGGUAGGGUAGGGUAGGGUAGGGAGUAGGGUAGGGUAGGGUAGGGUAGAGUAAGGUAGGGUAGGGUAGGGUAGGGUAGGGUAGGGUAGGGUAGGGAGUAGGGUAGGGUAGAGUAGGGUAGGGUAGGGUAGGGUAGGGUAGAGUAAGGUAGGGUAGGGUAGGGUAGGGUAGGGUAGGGUAGGGUAGGGUAGGGUAGGGUAGGGUAGGGUAGGGUAGGGUAGGGUACGGUAGAGUAGGGUAGGGUGGGGUAGCACCAUGCCUAUAAAUAAAAUUUAUUACGUGACCGGCUCUUUUUGGUUCAUCUUAAUAUAUUUGAAAUAUUUUUUAGAUUGAUGGAGUUGACAUUUCGAACGUCUAUAAAAUUAACUUAUUCCUCAAGGGCGACUCAACUGAACUAAUAGUUAAAGGUUCUAUAGUCGGUUGUCAGAUUAGCACAAUUAUAUUUUGCGAUGAAUACGAUGUUAUUAUGGAAAAACUGAAGCUGUGCCUCAAGAAGGAACGUAGAUUUGUUCUUCAAAGUUAUUUGAACAAUGAAUGUGUAUGGUCUCCAUCUUUACUCAACAUCUUGGGUGAUCUCUUUUUGAGUACGUUAUCAAUUUCUAAAUCUUAUAUUAAUUUAGUAGGUGCCCAGGAUGCGAUAAGGACCUACAAAACGGUAAAAGCUUAAGUUACGGUAGGACCGGCAGUCCGGUAUGGCUUAGGUACUGAAGGCCUAGGGUUCGGUUAGUCCUCAGGUACGUUAGGGCCUGGAAUACCGUAGGGCUUAGGUACGAUUUAUGCUUCAGUGCAGUAGAGCUGUGAAAACAUAAUUAAAGACUCUGUUUUUAGAUACACUGCCACCGAUAGUUGAACUUUUCAUUUUUGGAGAUCCAAGAAACAUUAACGUUCCAUUCAUUGACUUCUACAGAAAACUUCAUCCUAUCGUUACGUGCUUAACAAUUGACAACCCGACCAUUUUAAGGUUCUUCUUUGACAUGGAAUUUAAAGCGUUGACACCGAGAAACCCUAAUUUGGACUUUAGUAAGUGAUUAUUGGUUGUUUGAUGCUCAGUUUUAGUUUAACAUAUCGUUUCUUAUAUAAAAGUUUGUUUGAUACUCUGUUUUACUGUAACAUAACAUUCCUUAUAUAAAAGUUUCAAGACAAUAAGAGCCGGGCAGGUUGGGCCCCUUCCUAGCAAUAUCAAUAAAACUUUCUUUUCCAGAUUGGCUGCCAUCGAAAUACACUCAAGUGGUUGAUCUUGUAUUCAACGAUUCUUCCAUGCUGCAAGUACUUCGCCAGCAAGAUAUUGUAAUGCCACAAGUUCUCUUCGUUAUUUUUCGUAACCAUGACUUUGAAGUUGCCAAUACGAAGUUGGUGUUGGAAGAGGUUUGCAGCUUGUUUCCUUCAAUAAAAUGUAUUAAACUUCAAUUCGUGGUACAUGUGCAGGAGAAGAAUGAACCAAGUAAGUAUGUGAUGAAGCGGACUAUGGUUAAUGAUUUUAUAGUAGAAUAGACUGUGUGAAAGUAAGAGAAUGAGCUUUUUCAUACACGGGAAAAGGUAGAAUAGCAAAGCCAAAAAAAUAUUUUUUUUUUGUAAAUUUAACUAUUAUGUUUUAGUUAUGAAUCACAGACUGUUUACCAUCACUCGCACCGUAUUCCACACAUUCGAGAGCAUGUUGGACUGGAACCAAGGAAAAAUCAAGUUACUCAGCAACUUCUACGUCUACUACAACGGCCCGGUUAACGAUGAUUUGGCGAGAAAAAUUACAGAUUAUAUUGGCUACGAAUGUUGCUACGACAAAGACAAAGUUCGUUUGGAGAUACAUCAGUCGAAUGUCUGUUUAGAAAUGCGUGUGGAACAUGAAUGA